UAUUUUCACUAGACGUCUUGUGCACCUGGCUGAAGGGAAUACUACGGAUUUACAGCAAUUACUAGUGUCUCUCCUCGAGUAAGUGAUUCUUUUUUUUCUUUUUUUUUUGCGGAAGCCUCGAGUAAGUGAUUCUACGGUGCAUCUACGCUGUAACCACGGAAUACACGGGAGCGUGUACGUAGUAGUACUGGUACUCGUACGUCAAAAGAAUUGAGAUCUUGGAAGCAAAUGAGAAUGGGAGGCCACAAAUAUGUACUAGUAGUAGUACUGCGAUUUUACAUCAGCCGCUCCUGGUCGCGCGCACUUUUCCAUGAAGGCAAGGCACAGAGGAACGAACGACCGAUUUAAAUGCAGUCCGAAUUUUAAAAAUUUGCUUUGAGAAAAGGUCCGAAUUAAUUAAGCGCCUCACAUGCAGCUGAACCUAUCGAGCUCCUCAAGGCCUGAAAACAGCCCAUCGCUCUCGGGGGCGUUGCCAAAUGUGGCGUGGCAUCGUGCGGAUACACCACGCAACCACAGUCUCAGUGCCACUACUAUAUAUGCCCGCGAUACGUACAGGUACAGCAGUCAGGAGUAGGAGUACGUAGCUCCUUGGUUCGGCGCCUUAAUCUCGUCUCGUGACACAGACAACCAGCCUCUUUCACCAAACGCUCGCAGCAAGACAGAUCGUUGGUUCGUUCCCAACGAGAUUGAUCGGCCUAUCUAGCUAGCUAUCAAUGUCGUCACUCCACAGGUACCUGCCGUGCCUGAUCCUCCUGGUGCUGGGCGGCGGCGGCGGCGGUGGGGGCGGGCCGACGGCGGUGGCGGCUGCCGGUAAGGUGCCGGCGAUCAUCGUGUUCGGCGACUCGUCGGUGGACACGGGCAACAACAACUUCAUCCCGACCAUCGCGCGGAGCAACUUCUGGCCGUACGGGCGAGACUUCGCGGACGGCCACCCCACGGGCCGCUUCUCCAACGGCCGCCUCGCCACCGACUUCAUCUCCGAGGCCUUCGGCUUGCCGGCCUCCAUCCCGGCCUACCUCGACACCACCCUCACCAUCGACGACCUCGCCGCGGGCGUCUCCUUCGCGUCCGCCUCCACGGGCCUCGACAACGCCACCGCCGGCAUCCUGUCCGUGAUCACCAUGGCCGAGCAGCUCGACUACUUCAAGGAGUACAAGCAGCGGCUGAAGCUGGCCAAGGGCGACGCGCGCGGCGAGGAGAUCAUCCGCGAGGCGCUCUACAUCUGGAGCAUCGGCACCAACGACUUCAUCGAGAACUACUACAACCUGCCGGAGCGCCGGAUGCAGUACACGGCGGCGGAGUACCAGGCGUACCUGCUGGGACUCGCCGAGGCGUCCAUCCGCGCCGUGCACGCGCUCGGCGGCAGGAAGAUGGACUUCACGGGGCUCACGCCCAUGGGCUGCCUCCCCGCCGAGCGCAUGGGCAACCGCGGCGACCCGGGGCAGUGCAACGAGGAGUACAAUGCCGUAGCCCGGAGCUUCAACACCAAGCUGCAGCAGGCCGUCGUCCCCAAGCUCAACAAGGAGCUCCCCGGCCUCCACCUCGUCUACGCCGACACCUACGACGUCCUCGACGUCGUCGUCAGGAAGCCCGCCGACUACGGUUUUGAGAACGCAGAGCGAGGGUGCUGCGGGACGGGGAUGUUCGAGGCCGGCUACUUCUGCAGCCUGAGCACCUCGCUGCUAUGCAGGAACGCCAACAAGUACGUCUUCUUCGACGCCAUCCACCCCACGGAGAGGAUGUACAGUAUCCUCGCCGAUAAAGUCAUGAACACCACGCUUCAUGUAUUUCUCUGAAUUUCACUUCAAUUUUCUCGAUUGAGGAGACAGUAUGUGGAGGGAUGACUGUACUAUUCUGUAUAUGUUGUGUGUGUUAUCUUCUAUGAAAAUGAGACAUCAUCUUACACUCA